AGGAGAGUUUUUUUUAUUCCUGUGGCUUGUUUCCUUAGAACUUAAUGUGGUAAUGAGGUGACGCCACCCUUAGUUAUUAGACUGUUUUAACUCACAGUCGGCUACCAUGAGUUUAUUUACAAUGUUUCAUACAAAAGCAAAGAUUCUCCACAGACUGCUGCAGUUCAGACACACGUUUCGGUGCUCACCUUCACCAGGACAAGCACCUUACUCCAGACUGGUUCUGGGCAUUGAGACCAGCUGUGAUGACACUGGAGCUGCUGUACUGGACGAGACAGGAGAGAUACUGGGAGAGUCUCUGCACUCACAGAAAGAAGUUCAUCUGAGGACCGGGGGCAUCAUCCCCACAGUGGCCCAGCAGCUCCACAGAGAAAACAUCGAGCGUGUGGUCCAGGAGGCUCUGCAGAGGAGCGGCGUGGACCCCAGCCGGCUCUCAGCCGUGGCCACCACCGUGAAGCCCGGCAUGGCCCUGAGCCUGGCCGUCGGCCUGGAGUUCAGUCAGAGGUUUGUGAGGCAGCACAACAAGCCCUUCAUCCCCAUCCACCACAUGGAGGCCCACGCUCUGACCGUCAGGAUGCUCCAGCACGUCGCCUUCCCCUUCCUGGUGCUGCUCGUCUCUGGAGGUCACUCGCUCCUCGCCGUGGCUCGAGGAGUCGACGACUUCCUGCUUCUGGGUCACACUCUGGAUGAAGCUCCGGGGGACAUGCUGGAUAAGGUGGCGAGACGUUUGUCGCUCAUAAAACACCCACAGUGCUCCACUCUGAGUGGAGGUGGGGCUAUAGAGCUUCUAGCGAAGGACGGUGACUGGAGGAGGUUCAAUCUCACGACUCCUUUGGGACAUGUACACGACUGCUGCUUCUCUUUCGCUGGACUACGGAGUCAAGUGAACAUGUCCAUCAUGAAAAAAGAGGCAGAAGAAGGUGUAGAGCCGGGCACACUGUUGUCAUGUGUGAACGACAUUGCAGCAGCCACGCAGCACACAGUCGCCUCUCAUCUUACACAGCGAACACAUCGAGCCAUCCUGUUCUGUAAAGCAAACGGCCUGCUGCCAUCAGACACUCCCACCUUGGUGCUGUCUGGAGGAGUGGCAAGCAACCAAUACAUCCGCAACACGUUAUCCUCCAUCACAGAGGAGACGGGACUACGCCUGCUCUGUCCUCCAGCCAAAUUCUGCACUGACAAUGGAGUGAUGAUCGCAUGGAAUGGUGUUGAACGCCUGAGAGAAGGAAAAGGGAUCCUGCCUCCACAUGUGGACGUGCGCUACGAACCAAGGGCUCAGCUGGGUGUCGACAUGACAGCAGAGGUGAAGGCAGCAGCCAUCAGGUUACGAUCCAGGAAGAAGAUCCCAAAGUGACACACUGUUGCUUUUAUACUGUGUAUAAUGUAUAUU